AUGGCUACGAGCAUAAAAGUUUCGAAUAUCAGUUGCACCGCCAAGUCGGGCGAGGUGGAUGAGAGGGUGCACAGCGGGGUUGGAGAAGUGAUCGAAUUGAAGAAGCCCUUCUCUCGAUUAACAAUUCUGUCUCUGACGGUCGUCCUGAUGGCAACAUGGGAGGCAUUUUCCGGUACGAUGGCGGCGGGUCUUGUCAGUGGUGGCCCUGUUUCUUUGGUCUAUGGGUAUCUUUUGGCAGUCGUUGACUCCACCGCAACCGCAGCGUCUUUGAGUGAAAUGGUAUCGAUAUACCCCACUGCUGGCGGCCAGUAUCAUUUUACAGCAAGAUUUGCGCCAGAAAGGACAUUCGGAUGGGUGUCAUUCACUGCUAGUGCCCCUUACCUCUCUGCCAGUAUGCUUCAGGGCCUGCUAGUACUCACCCGCGAGACGUAUCAGCCCCAGCGCUGGCAUGUAUCUUUGAUAUACUGGGCUCUGGUCGGGCUGGCCGCCGUGCUGAAUGUGUGGGGUACUCGUCUGCUAUCCUUGGUGGAGACUAUCUCACUGUUUAGUCACUUGGUGGGAUUUGUUGCUAUUCUGAUUGCUGAGUGGGUUUGUGCGCUGGCAAAACACGAUGGUCAUUUCGUCUUCACGACAUUCAUCAACAGCACCGGCUGGUCUACUGACGGACUGGUGUGGUGUCUGGGCAUGCUCUCAAGCUGCUAUGUUUUGACAGGCUACGAUGGAGCAAUACAUCUCUGCGAGGAGAUGGCCAAGCCGACGACGACCGUUCCAUAUUGCAUGCUUGGCUCCCUGGCUAUCAAUGGCAUCCUCGGUUUCGUGUUCCUGGUCACUUUUCUCUUCUGCAUGGAAGACAUGGAGAGUGCACUAGAAACAGCUACAGGAUAUCCGAUAAUUGAGAUCUUCCGCAGUACAACCCGAUCUUCGGCCGCGAGUUGCGUCAUGACGGCUGUUUUCAUCAUUACAGCCUGGCUGGCCACAAUUGCGCUGCUGGCGUCAACCUCUCGAAUGGUCUGGUCACUGGCUCGAGAUAAAGCACUCCCAUUUCCUGCCUAUCUUUCUCACGUUGAUGAUCACACCCACCUACCAACGCGUUCUAUCCUCGCCACCACCGGCCUCCUCGUUCUGUUCGGACUGAUCAAUAUUGGAUCGACCACGGCUUUCAACGCAAUCCUCUCUCUCGCUGUUCUCGAGCUGCACGUCUCCUAUGUUGUUCCGAUUAUCUUCUUCUUGUGGCAUCGCAAUUGCCUACCGCAGAGCCUGCAGACUGGACCGUGGAGCCUUGGUCGGGGUGAAAUCAUCGUCAACAUUGUUGCCAUUGUUUAUCUCUGCUUCACGAGUAUUUUCAUGGUCUUUCCCGCUUACCGGCCGGUUACUCCCUCGAAUAUGAACUACGCCCCGUUGAUCUUCGGGGCUGUUCUGCUGUGGAGUGGCGGGUUUUGGUUAUGGCGAGGUCGCAAGGAAUAUGACGGACCUGUGGUUGUUCUGGCCGAUGGAUGA